AGGAAAAUACCUGGUGCAUUUGUCUUAAAGAUAUCAACUUCAACGUGUUCAUCUUCGAAGCAGAGAAUAAAAAAAUGUAUGGAGUAGAUGAAAAUAUUUUAAAGAUUUAUGAUUUGUCAAGUCAAGAAAUUCUAACAGAAAAAUAUUUUCUCCUGGUUUUCCUACUGUUUUGAGCAUUCAUAAAAAUAGCAGCUGCAUAGUUAUAGGGACAACACAUGGAUAUUUAAAAGUUUAUGAUGAACAAAGUAUUUUGAUAAGAAAUAUUCAGAUAUGGAGACUACUAGUGCAGUUUUUGAAACCAGAUUACCCAGAUGAUGUUGCAUAUCAAGAUUUUGGAAGCGAUAGUUUUCCUGUUUAUGCACUUUAUUUAUACAGUUUCAUGAAUACAGAGAAAAAAGAGAAAUGGUCUCUACCUGACAUAGUAUAUUUGCUAGUUGUCACAAGUACCUGCUUGUUUAUCCUCAAUAUCAACAAUGAAACUAUCACGUUUUAUAUCAAUUUUAAUGAUAGUUUUGUAAAUAAAGGAGAAGAAAGUACUAUUGGUUUAAUACGAUCUGCUGCUCUUUCUUACGAUAAAGAUAAAAAUAUUGUAUUUGUCAACCUUUUGCCAAUAAUAAAUGAUUCAAUGGUUUUGUUAAAAAUUUCUCUAAAAAAUUAUAUGGAGGAUGAAGCAUCAAAAGAAAAACUAUAUAUUUCAAGUGAAAACUCGACUAGUCAACUUGCUGUUCAUGAUUCUCCUAACCUGACUUUAUUUUAUAGAGGAGAAGCAGAAAAUCGAAAAUCACUUUUGAUGCAUAAUAUGAACAGUUCUCAGGAAAUGAAAUGUUCCAGUAAAUUGUCGGCAACUAAUUCUGCCCUACCUGUCACAUUCCAUAAAAAGAUAAGAUCAUCUGGAUAUGGAAAAAUCCAUAAAUCUGUUUUGUUCCAGCCUCAAAUUAACAGACAGCAAACAUAUGAAUGCCAGAAUUUUCACAAUGUCAAAAAUAUCCAAAACUACAGUGUAGUAAAAAAAAGAAGUUUUCUUCAGCGAAAUUCUGCUAAUUUCGAAUGCAAAGAAUUAGAUUUACUUUGUAAAGUUGAAACCGCUGAAAGUCCUGCUGUGUCAUCACUACAAGUUACAACUGAUGGAAAUUUUGCUUGCUGCACAUCUGCUGAAGGCCUAGUACACGUGUUAAAAAUCGGGAAGCAAGCUACUAAAAUACAUCAGACAUUUAACUGUCACAAUGACGUUGUUAAUGCAUCCAAAUGGAGCUACACGGGGAAAAUGAUAGUAACUUGUGGAGAAGAUAAAACAGUGAAGAUAUGGGAUUUUGAACACCUGAAGCAGAAUCCAUUACUUAUUAUAGGCAGAAAUGAAGCACUUGAAACAAAGCGGAAAUUUAGCUUCAGAGAUGCUGUUGAACAAGUUCAGUUUUAUUACCUUGAUAAAUUCAUAUUAGCAGCUGCUGGAAAUAAAUUGCAUUUGUUUAAUUACAUGAUCAGCACAGAGAAGAAUGAUAUAAAGAGGUACAUGAAUAAAAGUGCUUUGAAAUUAAUUAAAACAAUUCCUUUGGAGUCUAAACGGCUAAUAAGCGUUGCUGCUGUAAAUCAGUUUUUUUCAAAUAUUGUGCUAUGUUCUGGUACUUCCAAAUCUAUCGACGUAAUUGACAUGGCAGUUGGAAAAGUUAUAUGGCACUCGGAUAAUAUUGGCACUCGACCUGCUCACUUAAUUGCAAUAAAUGAAGGAUCGCCUUACUCGAAACUAACUAAGCAUAUGUAUGAUUUAUUCUUGACAUCUUCGAUAUUUGAUGGCAUAAAAGUUUGGGAUUUGAGAAGUAGGAAGUAA